GCGUAGCGCUGCCCGCCGUGCGCGGCCGCGUCUGCCCCGCGGCCAGCUGCAGGGCCAAGGACGGCUUCCCCGUGCUCGUCUGGUACCCCUUCCCCUUCACCGCGUCGCCCGCGUACGAGCUGAUGUUCGCCGGGGUGUCUCUGGGCUUCUUCUACGGCUACAUCCUGUCCACGACGCUGGACGGCUUCUUCGUGACGCUCAUCAUCUACCUGUCUGGCCAGCUGCGGCUGCUCAACCUGAUGGCAGAGAGCAUGUGCUCUGCGCAGCCUGCUCACAGCCGCAGGGACGUGGCCGCUCCAGCAGACACCUCAGAGGAGUGCGUGCGACUCAGGCUGGCGCAGUGCGUGCGCUACCACACCGACGUCGACAGAUGCGUACAGCAGCUGAGCACGUUGCUGGGACCCAUACUGCUGGGACAGGUGCUGGCUGACGUGGUCACCAUCAGCGCCACCGCAUUCGUCACCACCACUGGUAAGACAGACUCUGGCUGGGUCUUCAAGUACGGCUCAUACCUGGCUGCCAUUGCAGAGCAGCUACUGCUCUACUGUUGGUUUGGGAACGAUGUCCUGACAGAGAGCGAGCGCCUGCAGCUGUCGGCCUACAGCAGCCAGUGGGUGGGGGCCUCGCCUCGCUUCCGCAAGGAGCUGCGCCUCUUCCUGUGCCGCGCCCACCGCCCGCUGCGACUGACGGCCAGCAAGUUCUACACCAUCUCCAGGGAGACCUUCCUACUGCUGAUGAAUGCCUCUUUCUCCUAUUAUGCGGUGCUGAGGCAACUGAACUCCGAUUGA